UCACAUGCUACUCGUAUAAUCGCAUAUCACUUGGCAGUCGACGAGGAAAUUUCAAACGGUAAACAUAUAGGCACGCAGUUCGAUUUCUCAUUAGCGUAGUAGGUGGGGAAAAGCACAAACCGCAGCUGGAGCGUACGAUUGGAUAUUGAUUAACGAUUUUUUCAGUUGUUUAAAUAAAAGAAAUAACAGAUUGUCGUACGGAAAGCCAUGAGCUUGGUGCGCCCUCUGAACCCUGUUCUGCAGGCCAUUGCCUGCCAGGAGCUUAAUGAAGUCCCCCAUCGGGUACCUCAGGACAUUGAAGCUCUACGAGAAUGGGUACUCAAGCAGCCACAUUUACGGGCCUGUACCGAAGACCAGUUCCUACUCGCCUUCCUGCGCGGCACUAAAUUCAGUUUGGAGCGGGCCAAGGAGAAGUUCGAUCGAUUCUACACCCUACAGUCUUCCAUUCCCGAAGUCUUUAACGAACGUCGAUUGGCCACCGACCCUCAAGUUUUGGAUAUCAUAAGAAUGGGAGUUAUUUUAAGACUUCCGAUAGACCCCAACGACUCGGGUCCAUGUGUGACCAUCAUUAGAGCCGGAUCUUACGAUACGAGUAAAUACAAAUUCCAGGACAUUAUUCGAGUGGGUUCCAUGUUCGGAGAGAUCAUGAUGUUCGAGGACGAGAACGCAACAGUCAGCGGCUAUGUGGAGAUAAUGGACAUGGCUGGAGUGACUGGAGCGCAUCUCUUUGCCCUCCAGCCGCAGUUACUGAGCAAGUUCUCAACGUAUGCGGACGAAGCGAUGCCGACGCGUCAGAAAGGCAUACACUUUAUAAACGUCCCAGCGGCCUUUGAAACGGGAUUUAAUUCUCUGAAAUCCUUUUUUCCCGCCAAAAUCAAGAGCAGGAUCUCUGUCAGUUCUGAUCCGGAGGCCAUAACCCAGUUGGUGCGCCGUGAUUGUUUGCCAAAGGAAUACGGCGGAUCUGCCGGAACCAUGCAGGAUAUCAGCGAAACGAUGGAAGCCAAACUAUCCAGUUACGCGCCAUAUUUCCAGGACUCCCAAAACUUUGGCGCGAAUGAGAAGUUGCGAGACAUCGGAAACCGGGUGCAUCAAGAUCAUCGAUCUUCAUUUGGGGCUGUGGGCUCCUUUCGUAAACUAGAAAUAGACUAAAGGUAUUUAGAUUUCAAGUCAAUAUAGAUUACAAACGUUAUUUACCAACAAACUGUUUAAUCUAAUCGAUGACCAAGCUUCAGGAAGUUCGCAAUGGCAUUUAAAUUGACCGUGAAGGGAUUAGCCUUUAAGGUUGCUGGGCGAAUAUGUGAAUAUGUGAAUGUUUGUAAAAAGUUAGUUCUAUUAGUUACAACUGUUUAAUAAAUAUAACUAUGUAUAUGUCAGAGAACCAA